AUGGUGGGCCAUGGAAGAGCUGUUCGAGAGGGACUUGUUCGGCAGAUUGGGAAUUUCAACCAACCUCAAGUGGAAAGGCUUCUAAGACAUGCUCGCAUACCGCUCAGUGUGCACGAGUUUGAAAGCCACCCAUAUCUCUCACAAUCUGAAUUUGUGAAAUGGAACUUGCAACAUGGGCUGCGAGUCAUUGCUUUUUCACCGCUUGGAGACAUGAAUCCGAUCUACAAGUCAUCAAAGCGACCUCUGUUGGAGGACGAAUUUCUGUCAUCUAUCGCGCACAAAAAAGUUAUCACAGUGGCACAGCUUGUAUUGGCCUGUUCCAUGCAUCGAGGGGUGAUUGUGAUUCCAAAAAGUGAACAUGAAGAGAGAGUGGUAAAGAACUGGGAAGCACAGAGAGUCGUUUUGACUGACGAAGAAGUUGCAUCUAUUACUGCAUAUGACAAGCAGGCACGAUUCAACAACCCAAGCACUGAAUGGGGAACAGAGUUGGAAACGGGGUUGGGUGGUAUAUUAACUUAG